AAGAGAACACAAAGGAAACCCCUGAGCCCUAUUUCGAAGGCUUCAGUUCGAAAAGCACACACUGAGCUCUUGCCAACUCCGGCAAACCGCCACGAGGAACCGACCGAUCGCCACCGUCUUUGUCACCGCCGAGAAUGGAGAAGAUGAAAAUAGAAGAGGUUCAGUCCAUGUCGAAGAAACAGCGUGUUGCUACCCACACUCACAUCAAAGGCCUUGGUCUUGAGGCUAGUGGAAGAGCAUUGCCAUUUGCUGCUGGGUUUGUGGGGCAAGCAGAGGCUAGAGAAGCAUGUGGCCUUGUGGUUGACAUGAUACGCCAGAAGAAGAUGGCUGGCCGUGCCCUCCUCCUUGCCGGACCGCCCGGGACUGGCAAGACUGCUUUAGCACUUGGGAUAUGUCAGGAGCUCGGAACCAAGGUUCCAUUUUGCCCAAUGGUUGGCUCAGAAGUAUACUCAUCAGAAGUAAAGAAGACAGAAGUUCUUAUGGAAAAUUUCCGACGGGCUAUUGGUCUGCGUAUUAAGGAAAACAAGGAAGUAUAUGAAGGAGAGGUAACCGAGCUCUCUCCAGAAGAAACUGAGAGUGUAACAGGCGGUUAUGGUAAAAGUAUUAGUCAUGUGAUAAUUGGGUUGAAGACAGUGAAAGGAACCAAGCAACUCAAGUUGGACCCCACCAUAUAUGAUGCUUUGAUUAAGGAAAAGGUAGCUGUUGGGGAUGUUAUAUAUAUUGAGGCAAAUAGUGGGGCUGUGAAAAGGGUAGGCCGAAGUGAUGCUUUUGCUACAGAGUUUGACCUUGAAGCAGAGGAAUAUGUUCCACUUCCUAAAGGAGAGGUUCACAAAAAGAAGGAGAUUGUUCAGGAUGUAACCCUACAUGAUCUGGAUGCUGCCAAUGCACGACCUCAAGGAGGGCAAGAUAUUCUAUCUCUUAUGGGUCAGAUGAUGAAACCCAGGAAAACAGAAAUCACUGACAAGUUGAGACAAGAAGUUAAUAAGGUUGUCAACCGAUAUAUUGAUGAAGGUGUAGCAGAGCUUGUUCCCGGAGUUCUGUUUAUUGAUGAGGUGCAUAUGCUAGAUAUGGAGUGUUUUUCCUAUCUUAAUCGUGCUUUAGAGAGCUCCCUAUCUCCAAUAGUUAUCUUUGCGACAAAUAGAGGAAUUUGCAAUGUGAGAGGGACUGAUAUGGCCAGUCCUCAUGGCAUACCUGUUGACCUGCUGGACCGGCUGGCGAUCGUUCGAACACUAAUCUAUGGUCCUGCUGAGAUGAUACAGAUUCUAGCUAUCCGUGCUCAAGUAGAGGAACUGGUUGUGGAUGAGGAAAGUUUAGCUUUCCUAGGGGAGAUUGGACAAAGGACAUCUUUAAGGCACGCGGUUCAGCUUUUAUCACCUGCCAGCAUUGUUGCAAAAAUGAAUGGCCGAGACAACAUUUGUAAGGCGGAUCUUGAUGAAGUUUGUUCACUAUAUUUGGAUGCCAAAUCAUCAGCCAAACUACUUCAAGAGCAGCAGGAAAAAUACAUCACAUGAUGUUAUUUUCGAACUGUUGCGAGCGUUGUUGUUUUGGUUUAAAGUAUAACUGGUUCAUGUCAGUUUCUUGAGUAGUUUGUUGGUUUGGAGAAUCUCACCCACCAGCAGGUUCUCGGUUUGAAACCAGCAGUACAUCGGAAAAAAAAAGUAAAACUGGUUUGCUUGUUGCUUCUCUACUUGUGUCUCCUGCAUGCAUGGCUUGGAUAAUUGGUUCGAAGGAUACAUCUGGAUAUAGCAGGAACCUGAGAUAUAGAACCUUGCUCGUUGGAUAAUAUAUGUCAUGGUUUAAGUUUGCUGUAAUUUGUUACUGAAAUCAUGAUUUUGGGAUUAUUUUGUUAUCAUAUUCUUGUUAACAGAAAGCCAAAAAGCAAAUGGAAAUUUAAUGGGGCACUGUGUUUCAUA